CAUGCACACAAACAAUGCAGCGUCAGAAAUCGAUACUGUCCUUCCUCCAAAAACCGUCGCCGGAAAACCAGAAAUCCGGCGGAGACAAACUCAACGGUCGGCAAGCCCCUCAUCUUCCUCCAAAACAACGAAACCAGAAAGUCGGAGUAGCUAAUCGACCUACCGUACCAUCCACAAUUGACGCAUCCACAGAAGAAAUCAGAGGAACAGACACUCCGCCGGAAAAGGUGCCACGUCAGAGGUUUCCGUCAAACUUGGCGGCACAUGCAGAUGACAUCAGCAGACCCUCUCUCUUUUCGAGCAUUAAGCAUAAGUUCUCGAAGGUUGAUAAUGGAGAGAAAUCCUGUGAUAGGAACCAAGCGAAUGGUGGUCAAAUUAGUGUUAUAUCUAAUAAUUUUAAUUAUUUGGAAGGGUUGCCUAGUGCAACUGUAGCUUUUGAACAUCUCAGAAAGGAUAAUGUUCUGUGUUCUACUGGGAUAGUUAAUCAAGGGGAUAAAAUGUGUCCCAUGCUUAUAGAAAGUGAUGAUGAUAUUCUUGGGCCAGAAACACCGGGUAUGCGACCUCUGGUUCCACGAUUGAAGCGCGUUCUAGAAGACAGUUGUAACUUUCAGGGUAAAACAAAUUUUUCAUUGGUGGAUGCCAGCAAAAGGCCAAAACUUUUUGAGGAGACAAAGGCAGAAAGUAAGAAGCAUGGAGAGGUAUCUGAAAUGAAUACUAAAUUUGACUGGCUCGAUCCUUCGAGGAUCAGGGAUGCUAAUAGAAGAAGGCCGGGGGACCCUCUGUAUGACAAGAGGACGCUUUAUAUACCUCCAGAUGCUUUGGGAAAAAUGUCAGCAUCUCAAAAGCAGUAUUGGAAUGCCAAGUGCCAAUAUAUGGACAUUGUGCUCUUCUUUAAAGUGGGAAAAUUCUAUGAGCUCUAUGAACUAGAUGCUGAAAUUGGCCACAAGGAACUUGAUUGGAAAAUGACAUUGAGCGGUGUGGGAAAAUGUAGACAGGUUGGCAUCUCUGAGAGUGGAAUUGAUGAUGCUGUUCAAAAGUUGAUUGCCCGUGGGUAUAAAGUUGGAAGGAUGGAGCAGUUGGAGACAUCACAACAAGCAAAAUCCAGAGGUGCUACUUCUGUAAUUCAAAGAAGAUUAGUUCAUGUUCUUACAGCAUCAACCACUAUCGAGGGUAACAUUGGGCCUGAUGCUGUUCAUCUACUUUCUAUAAAAGAGGGUAACCAUCGGCUGGAGAAUGGUUCGACUGCAUUUGGGUUUGCUUUUGUCGAUUGUGCUGCUUUAAAAUUUUGGGUUGGUUCCAUUAGUGAUGAUUCUUCUAGUGCAGCUUUGGGGGCUUUAUUGAUGCAAGUGUCACCUAAGGAAGUCAUAUAUGAAAGUCGCGGGCUGUCCAAAGAAGCUCAGAAAGCACUGAAAAAAUACUCAUUAACAGCACAAUUGACUGCAGUGCAGGGUGCCACUGAUUUUGGUGAUGCUUCAGAAAUUAGAAAUCUCAUUCAGUUCAACGGUUACUUCAGAGGGUCUUGUACUUCGUGGGAUCACACACUUGAUGGAGUUGUUCAUCAUGAUCUUGUAUUAGGUGCUCUUGGUGGGCUUAUUAAUCAUUUAUCCCGUUUGAUGAGGCUUUUGAAGAACUGGAUCUGCCAUCCACUGAAAGAUGUUGAAAAAAUUAACCAUAGGCUUAAUGUGGUUGAGAAACUGAUGGCAUGCUCUGAAAUUAUGCUACUUGUUGCUCAGUGUCUCCGCAAGCUUCCAGACUUAGAAAGGUUGCUUGGACGGGUUAAGAAUAGCAUUCACUCAUCAGCUACACUCUUACUACCCUUGAUUGGGAUCAAAAUAUUGAAACAUCGAGUGAAAGUGUUUGGGUCUCUUGUUAAAGGCCUAAGAAUUGGCAUGGAUUUGUUAAUGCUAUUGCAGAAGGAAGGAAACAUGAUCUCAUCAUUAUCAGAAGUAGUAAACCUUCCCAUGCUUAGUGAUAAGGAUGGGCUUGAUAAAGUCCUUACCCAAUUCGAAGCAGCUAUAGAUAGUGACUUCCACAAUUACCAGGACCAAGAUGUGACGGAAUCAGAUGCUGAAACACUGUCAAUUCUUACUGAGUUAUUUAUUGAGAAGGCUGAUCAAUGGUCUCAAGUCAUCCACGUAAUAGAUUGUAUUGAUGUGCUAAGGUCUUUUGCUGUCACUGCUAGUUUUUCAUGUGGGUCUAUGUCUAGACCUACCAUUUUGCAUCAUUCAAGCUCGACAAAUUUGAGCGAAGAGACCAAAGGACCAAUCCUUCAAAUGAAAGGGUUAUGGCAUCCGUAUGCCCUCGGUGAGAAUGGGGGACUGCCUGUUCCUAAUGACUUAUGUCUUGGAGCUGGGACCGAUGGCUAUCCUCCCCUUGCUUUGCUGUUGACUGGACCAAAUAUGGGUGGAAAGUCAACCCUGUUACGUGCCACUUGCCUUGCUGUUAUAUUGGCCCAGCUGGGCUGUUAUGUGCCUUGUGAAAUGUGUGUUCUCUCACUUGUGGACAUCAUUUUCACACGGCUUGGUUCAACCGAUCGAAUCAUGACUGGCGAGAGUACCUUUUUUAUCGAGUGCACAGAAACAGCAUCAGUUCUGCAAAAUGCAACUCAGGAUUCCCUGGUUCUUCUUGAUGAAUUGGGCCGAGGAACAAGCACUUUUGAUGGAUAUGCUAUUGCAUACGCUGUAUUCCGUCACCUUGUUGAGAAGGUCAACUGCCGAUUACUGUUUGCAACGCACUAUCACCCUCUCACGAAGGAAUUUGCUUCUCAUCCUCGUGUUAUAUUGCAACAUAUGGCCUGCACUUUCAAGUUGAAGUCUGGGAAUUCAUCUGAGGGUGACCUUGAUUUGGUUUUCCUAUAUCGGCUUGCCUCUGGGGCAUGCCCAGAAAGCUAUGGAAUGCAAGUGGCACUCAUGGCUGGGAUCCCAAAAAGAGUGGUUGAAGCUGCAUCAGAGGCGGGGCAAGUAAUGAAAAAAAUGAUUGGAGAAAGUUUUAGGUCAAGUGAACAGAGGUCAGAGUUCUCAACUCUCCAUGAAGAGUGGUUGAAGAACCUCCUUUCUCUCUGCCAGGUUGGGGAGUCUGAUUUUGACCAUACUGAUGUGUUUGAUACAUUGUUUUGCUUGUGGCACGAGCUAAAAACCUCAUAUAGGUUGGGCAACUGACAGGUAAUGAAUGAACUUUUGACAUAGAAGUGUAUGAAUUAUUCAGUUUGAAGUGAUUGCAUCUCUUGGGCCAUCUUGGUAGAAAAUGAACUAGCAGCUGCUGUAUCUCUGUUCAUUAAUUACUUGGAUGAAAACUGUUUUAUUAGAUGAAAUUGUAAAUUCAGCCAUAUGAAAAGAAAU